AUGUCGUCGUGGGUUGUCUCCACCACCGAGCUGUACGAUUGCGGUGCCAAUGGGCCAACAUCAUCCUCGGCCACAUCCUCGCGGCACACGCGACUUAUCCUGCUGGUUUGGCAUAAUCUCACCGAAAAGUGCCAGAAAUUCGGUAGUUUUCUCAGACGCGAGACGAAUAAACCACUGCCCAAAGAACUGAGGCGAUCGUUACGACUUAACAAAUCGGCCAGGCGAAAAGGCUAUCGGAGCUGCGAAAGCGAGGCAGAUAAACGGCUGAUGAAAGAGCGUUUAAACGAGCCAGUCAACAUAUCCAUUCGCAUGGGGCCCUCCUACGACUAUAGACCAUCGAAUUUCUAACCGAUCUGCAAAAGGAUACCAGGAAAUCGUUCUUCGAAUUGUUAGCUCUACUAUUCUAAUUUAAUUUCAAUAAUUUUUUUUUUAUUUAAAAGACUUUUUAACUGUGUCAUUCUAUCCAUGUCUGAUUUUGAAGUGAAGUGGGGGAAUGGAAGAAGGGCAAGGAGCUAGAACUAGAUGAACUAGAUGAAGAACUUAAUUGCGUAUCGAUUAAUUAGGUGUCCACUAUAUCAAAUUGCCUAUGAUUGGGUCCUGUUUUGCGGAUUCAAAUUUACCAUUUAUUUUUUUAAGAAUGUUGCGACCUUCUGCCCCUUUUUUCUCCUAUUUUUUAUAUUAUCCAUUCUCGUUCUUCUCUGUUCCUACACUUUUAUCAAGCUCAAAAAUGCAAUAUUUUUGAAUCAAGGCGCCAAGUGUUCUUCCUCUUCAUGAACAUGAGUCAUAAUUUUCCUGAGCUGGUAACACCAACAUCGUCUUUCUCUUUGACCCCCAUUCUGCAUGUUAUUGUUAACUGGCUGUUGUAAACUGUUAAUAAAAGUUAAAUUUUUUACUUAUUUUUACAUGAAUGUCGUAAGCUCUGCAACAGCUGUUGGAAUCUAAAAGCUUUACCCAGUAAUUAAAGCUCUAUAUUUCUCUUACGUUCUCCCUUGAUUCGAUGAGCUCUUCACCCUUAGUUGGCCUCUACUCUUGAGAACGCCCACACAAAAGUUUAUUGCCCCGCUCACAACAAGUGGACGUG